UAAAUUCUGGAUUAUAUUUUUAGAUUCAAGUCGGAAGAACAAUGAAACCGAAAUAGCUAUACAUUGGAGGUUUAAUGCUUCGAGCGAAUUCAAUCAGAGUGUCACACACAGACCAAUCUGAUAAAUCAGUCAAAUUUGACAGCCCUCCUUUACAUAAUUUUCCAAUGUCAGAAAAAUCCAACGAACAUGUUUAGAUUAUCAAAAGUGCCAUAGUCUUUCACAGGAUUCCACGACCCGAAAAAGGGGAUCUUUCACCUCAGCUGACCCACCCACUCGCUAAAUGCAAUGUCCGGCUGAAUAUCAAAACAUCCGACUAACCCGAGGCCACGUAACAAGCAACAUCUAGUGCAACCUCCCUCCAUGCUUGUCUCGUGUCAUUUCGCGGAGUACAGGAUCUCGUAAAGCUUAUUUUUCUUUCUCGGGUCUUUUAAUUUCGGAGUUUGAGGACGCCGUUUCCGAGACCGAUCUUACGAAACUGGCUGAAAGCAAAAAGCUGAAAUAUAAGCUCCGGUGGGAAAGUGUAAUAUAGGAUCUUUAUGCGGGAUAGUGUAUUUUAAAAUCGUGGCUUGUUGGUUGGUGCUGCAGGAAAAGUGCAAUAUUUAUAGACUUCCGGCAUCCCUGGGAUGUGCCCUCUUUUUUCCAGAAGACAAUUUCCUCAUUGCCUCAACUGAGAGCAUUGGCUUCUUACAUUGAAUAUUUGAUCAAUUAAAAGUUCUCUUCAUUUUCCUUCCAGUCCCUUCCAAAGCCAACAAAAUGAAAGGUCUCGCAAGUUUCGCUUUACUCUUCUCAGUUGUCACUGCAGCUGCAGUAGGGAACAAGAGUUUCCCCUGUCCAGAAAAGACCUGGGGAGGUUGUUGUACUGAGGUGGAUGAGGAUGGAGGUGGGCAUACUUGUCACGACGCAGCGACUGUCGAGAGUGCCAACUUGUACAUUUGCUCGAAUAAGUUCGAACACAGUAAAUGCUGUCAUUUUGCACCUUGGGUGGUCCAUGAUGCGCAUCCAUUGAUUUGUGCCUGAAGCUUCGAUCGCAUAUAGUUGCAUACUGUCUGGAGAUGGGUUGUGACAUAUGAUGGGUGGAUGUUUGUCUCUGGAGAAGAGAAGAAGGGCUGAAAAAUGAACACCUGAAAUAUCAUUUGUGACAGCAAUACCUCUCAAUCACAUGUCCAU